CCUUUCACGAAUGGUAUCGAUACACCCCCAUUUCCCCAUUUCUCUCCCAUCUCCUUCGUCCAUACAUUACUCGCAACAGUGUUAGAGUGAUAUUUUCUCGAUCCUCUCUCUGUAACAAUGGUGAAAACCGCAGCGAAUAAGCAAAAGCCGGCCAAGAAACCAUUAAACGCCAACAAGAAGAAGUUCGUAAAGACAAAGAAGAAGAAAAAUGUUGCAGAAAAAUCGAUCAUCUCAAACACAUCAGCUAGUCAAGCUGCCGAGACAUCUUCGGAUUCUGAUGUGGAAGAAAACUCACCUGAACAGAUCCAGAAGCUCAUCGAACCAUACACUAAGGACCAGUUAAUCGAAAUUCUCAUCAACGCCGCCAUAGCAAACCCUUCGCUUUACACCCGAAUUCGUGACGCCGCCGACAGUGACGAGUCCCACCGGAAGAUAUUCGUCUACGGCCUUGGCUGGGACACUACUAAGGAAACCCUAACUCUCGCCUUCCAACCGUACGGCGAAAUCGAGGAUUGUAACGUCGUCAUUGACCGUGUCACUGGGAAAGCGAAGGGCUUUGGGUUCGUUCAAUUUAGGUCACGGAAAGGGGCAAUGAAAGCUCUCAAAGAACCAAAGAAGAAGAUUAACAACCGAAUGGCGUCGUGUCAGUUGGCAUCAUUAGGGUCUGCAAUCGCCGGCUCCACGGACAACGCCAGUAGGAAGAUUUAUGUUAGUAACGUUCAACCCGAUGCCGAUGCAGAGCGAUUACGAGCAUUCUUCUCCAAAUUUGGGGAAAUCGAGACAGGUCCAUUAGGGUUUAAUUCGUCAACAGGAAAGUCACGUGGCUUUGCUUUGUUUGUGUAUAAGACUCAAGAAGGGUUUAGAAAGGCUUUAGAAGAGCCUUACAAAGUAUUCGAAGGACAUAAAUUGCAUUGCCAGAAGGCAGCCGACGGGAAAAACAAGGGAGUUGCAACUUCAUCUCCGGCGACUGUAACCACACCUGUUGUCCAACAACCUACCCCUCAAAUGAUGGCUGCUGUUGCUGCGACUCAAAAUUUUGGAAUGUUCAAUCAAUCUCUGGGAUUGAACCCUAUGUAUGGAGGUUUGUUUUCAAAUCAAAACGCAGGGUUUCUCGCAGCAAAUCCUCUUUAUGCUUCAGGGGUUUUGGGGCAACUGGGUGCUGCUAUUGGUGGCGCACAACCCGGGUUAGGUAGUUACUAUGGUGGUGCACCCAUGGGUGUUGAUAAUACGUCAUUGCUAGGGGCUACUCCUCCAAUGCUACAGGGUGUAGGCCUACUAAAUGCCUACCCGAAGAAGAAAGUAGGAUCAGCUGCUUUGACUUCAGGUUCAGGUUCAGCUUCUGGUUCCAGGUCUCAAGGUGGUGGUGGUGGCUCUUUCGGUGGUUAUCAAUCUCACUCGUGAUGAAGUACAGCUGUCAUUGAGGUUAAUUUUCAGUGAGUAUUGAAGAAUGAAUAUGUUUUAAAGGCUUUAUUUUCUGUUGGUGGCUAUAUCUUGGAAGUUGUGCAUGUACAAAGAUCUUUCCUAUUUCAAUCAUCAAAUCCUUCUCAUUUUUGCUGUUUUCUUUUAUGAAUAUUUUUGAAUAUAUACUUUAAUAAUUUCCUUGUAUGGAUUUGAUGACAUUUUAUAUCCUUCAUCCUAUUUUACUUUCUUCAUAGUUUUCCUAUU